AUGAUCUUGCAGGAACCCAUCCGGGAUGCCCUCAAGGAGCUACCCGACCCCCAUCCGGAUGCCGGCGAGUUUGGUGUCUUGCGCGUCGUCGCGAGUUACCCCUUCAGCGUCAAGUUGACGGAGGCGAAAGUCAACGGCGACAAGAUGGUUAGCGGUGGGAUGCCGGAUUACUGGGAUACCAGGAAGCAUGGACCGCUCGCUAUCAUGAACAUGGAUCUCCUUGAGCGUCUUACCGGUGAUGUGUCGCCAACCCAAUGUCUGCAGCGCUGGCGGUCGAAACAGCCGUGGCAGUCUACUGCCGACAGCGGUAGGGGGAAGCGAAAAGACAGGGAGGAGGACCCUGCGGAAGGGAGUCGCGGGGCAAAGCAGCCGAAACUGGCGGAAGGGGGCAAGGGUGUGGCAGCGGACAAGCCGAAGAAGGAGGGGAGGGGGGACAAGGGGAAGCGCGGCAAGGGAAAAGGGUGGGGAUGA